CAUUUUUUUACUCCGAUAACUGACACAAAAGGUACGAUUUUGAUAAGGCGAAGCAUCUGGUCUUCUAUCCGACUGAAGGGGCGUACUCGCUUUCACCUAGUGGAUGUGAGAACAACGGAGAAGGCGAGCUUUGGGAAUACAGUUUCUUGAUCAACAGGUACAAACAACUUCCAAACAUGAGAAGUUGGGUUGUUCUAGCUGUCUUAGGUAGCUUAUGCGCUUUUGUGCAAGCGCAAUGCAAUGUAGAAGGCGGAAAAUUAGACGUACCAUUUCCUAACAUUGAAAAUGAAGCUUAUGAAUCCUAUCAGAUGUCAGUUGAAUACACUUUAACCGAUGCAGGACAAACAGAUUACUACGUAGAAUAUUAUGAUAUGCUAAAUAGAAGAGGUCGAGUUGAAGCUCAUCAAGCUGGAAAACUUAUUACCUACAUUUACAACCCUCCAACUUAUGAAGCAUGGGAUAUAAUCGGUUGGAACUGCACAAUGAAAUUUUUAAAUGAGACACCUGAAAUGUUUAAAGAUGCACCAGAUGAUUGGCUUUAUACGACGGAUAAAGACGAACAGAUAACAGUUGGCCCAUCCGCCAUGCUGAAAACAGCCUAUGAUGAAUGGUACAAGACAGUAAACUCUAGCAAGCCAAAAGUUUUUUACAUGGGUGAAUAUGAAAGCACAGUCAGAGGUAUCAAAGCCAUAUAUUGGAGACGUUGUGAUGGGGAAGGCUUAACAUUUGUUGAUUACGUGUUUACUGCUGAAAAAUAUGAAAACCCCUAUGGUUUGAAAGACUUUAAGACACUUCCACUGAGAAUCAUCUUUGGCGGCAUAAGAGAUUCGCGAGUUGAUGAAUUUUCUAAGCAAGAAUACGACAUUGUUCAGUUCCAGCCCUUCAUUUCUGAAGGGCUUACGCCAUUUGAUCUUCCAAGAGGAAGAGGUUGCCGCCGAAGAGUAUUUUCUGAUGAUGACGACAUCCCAAAGAUUCCAGAUUUCUCAAAAGGGAAUUUACAGUUCAAAGCUGAAGUUAUUUACCAGACCGUAGACUUUAACGGAGAUCCAAAUGAGUUCGUCACUUACUACAAUACUCUCACUAUGGCUCUGGAUGUAGGCAGUCAGCUUUUAGCCUUUCACUACUCUCCUUGGGACAAAACUGCACCCAAAAAUAGACCAGACGUGCUGUCCCCAGUGCAUUCGAUUUUUGACAUGUUACAUGGUUACCUUUACCAAUACAACUUAACUGACGGCCAAUGCCAACUUACACGUGAAAGAAGUUUCGUGCCGACUUUCGAGCUUCCUCGGGACCUUGGAGGGAUUUCUUUAACUGAUCCACAAGUUCUAUUUCCAAAUGAUGAAUUCUCAUUUUUAAGUGAGGGAACUAAUAGAGGUUUGAGAGUCAAUGUUUUUGAAGGAGUGUUUAACGAUUAUCAGCUGAAACGUGGAGAUGAAUACAUUUCAAUUCCUAAAGCCGUAGUCACUCACAGUUAUUUGACGGACCAUGAAGUGGAGAGAAACAUGAAUUCUGUUAAAAAUGCUUUGACCCAGGUGCAGAUGUUUUUCUUAGGAAGGUUGAAAGAGAGAGCUAUGGAAGUUAUAACAAUGAACUUCUAUGGCUUCAGUACCGAAAUAUAUAACAGGCGACAAGUUUUUAACGUCAAGAGAUGCUACAAAAAUGACAAUGAUUAUGUAUGGAUUACUCUUUCUUUCAAUGCAGAUGAAGCCCAACUAAAAAGAAUUAAAAAUGAUGUUCCAAGUAUUCAAUCGAAUGUUCUGAAUUCCAUUACAUCGGGAUCGGAAUUGAAUGCAGCCAGAAUUCCUAUUAUAGAAGUGGAUUUCAGCGAUGCUCUUUAUGUGACUCUGCAGGUCCUUGGAAAGCCACCAGUUUUGCUUGACUUUGUGUUGCCACCUCAGCAGGGCAAGAAGAUUACAGGUACGAGCGAGCAGGAAGGUAUAUCAGAUGAAGACAGUUGUGCCACGAAGUGUUUGGAAUCUGAAGGUGCUUGCUGGGGUUUCUCUAUGUGUGGAGCUGUUUGUACCUUUGGAGCAGAUUCUUCAGCUAAAAUUGAAGACACAACGGAGGACUGUAAAUUGUACAUUCGAGACAACGGGACUUUUAUUCCUUCCACUGAUCUCAUGCUUCAAAAUCUUCGAAGACAAGUCCAUGAUGGAAUGCUAAAAUUGGUUCUAAAGGAUAAAGAUGACAAAAUAAUCCAGAUUACAGCCAGUUCCAUCGAAGUUACAGAUCCAGGAGAGGAUGAUCGUCUUUUCGAACUAGUAGGAAAUGUUUUGAAUCCACGCAUGAAAGUAGUUAAAGUAGGCUACAAACUCAAAAAUACUGCUGGAUCGACCGUAAAGAACAUGGGCAGAUUAAGAUAUGACGAAUGUCAGAGGAUCUGCCUUGACUAUAGGGACUGCGAAACCGUAUCUUACUGUCUAAAGGGCGCCGAAUGCAUUUUGAGCAAAAAUUAUGGUGCAGAUCUAUCAGAAUCAGACAUGGAGAAAAAUGAUAUGUGCAACCUUAUUACAAGAAAGUAUGCCGACAACUUCAAUCGCAGUCCAGGAAAUGUCUUGAAUCUAGGAGCUGAAGAGGUCCUCCCCUUAAGCAAUGUGGAAGAAUGCGCCAGAGCCUGCAUAAAACGAACAGGGUACAAAUGUCUUUCUUUCGACCACUGUCCAACUGAGGAGAAGGAGGCCUGUUUCCUUCACACGGUGCAUUAUCCGAACCCGAAACAAAGAGAAAAAAUAUCGAGGAAGAGUGCCAGCUGCGGUCAUUACGUCAGAAAAUUCAGUACCGAAUUCAAGAAGAAUCCAGAGAAGAGGACUGUUGGCAGCAAGCUUCCUCCUUUAACCAACCUGACUUUAGAGGAGUGCGCCAGAGAAUGCAUUGAAUAUGGAAAAGGAACUUGCUUCGGCUACGAUUUCUGCCAAGGAAACACUAUCUUGGCCACCAGCUGCAUUUUGCUGGAUUCGGAUCCGAAUAAAAUGCAACUGGCACCCAGUCCAAUUUGCAGCAAUUAUUUCAGAAAUGAAAUCGUAUCUGGGCCUGAAAGACCCUACACCAAUAGCUAUGCUGGUGGAAUCGGAUUCCUAUGCUUUCUGAUAGGGGGCUUAAUAGGAGCUGCGAUUGUGUUUGGAAUAGCUUAUUUGAGAGUCAACAGAAGGUGAAAAGCUGGAUGCUACUACUGUGUAACACAUGUGUUUUAUGUUGUGUCACCUUUACAUACUUUUGUACAUAAUCUUAGAGACAAAGGACUUUGUACUAAGUUAUAUGACUACUUCGUGUGAUUUUUUUGUCCAUCAACUGAAACUUGUGAAAUUUGCGUACUCUUAAUAAAGAUCAUUUUCAGUUGUUUUCUCUUA